AUGAAAUGGGCUCAGAUAGGUUUACUGCUCAUUGCAGUAGAACUUUCACAAUGCCUCAGAAACCACGGAUAUGAAAAGGAACUUCGCCAAAGAAAGCAUCAUUACUUUUUUGACGACCAGAAGUGUGCCCAAGAUGUACCGGACUGCGAAAAGUGUUUGUCUAGUGGUAAUUGUGAGUGGUGUAGCGAUGGGUCGCAGAUGAGAGAGUGCAUUAGGCAAGGGAGUGUGACCUGCCCGACAGAGCAUCGAAAGACGGCUUGUGAAUCUCAAACAGCCUUAGACGACAACAAGAAAACUUUAAUGAAUUACUACGAUAAAUCCCUGGACGAACUAGCGAAGAUAAAUGCACCGGUUAUGGAUAACCCUUCUCAGAAUACAAGUGUAGUAACAGUUAAUGCCAGUGUUCUAUGCGGGAAUCAAAGCGAAUGUCAAAAUUGCACCAGAAAUUAUUACUGCUUCUGGUGCCAGUCAAAGGGAGAAUGUCAGGUUUAUUAUAAUAUGACUACAGCACAAGAGUCUUGUUCCGGACUUCAUACAGCAUAUCAUCAACGCUGUUUUUUCCCAAGUAAGUGCGUUUUAUUAGACUAGCUGGACAGUAGAUAGCUUUAGUGUUACACGGUUGGGUAACUUCCAAAGGAAUUCCUCGCCUCUUAUUGGAGUUUAACAGAGGCUUCUCACCGAGAGAAACUAGCUUGUCUGUAGCUUAGAACAAUAAUUGAGAAAAAAAACCUCUCUUGUUUAAAGAUAUUUCCCUGUUCUCUACUAAAAGAAAACGACCUUUUUGGUUCGUUUCGUUUACUUUACGCAUGCUACGUCAAAAUGUGGUGAAUUAACGUGCACAAUCGACCAAAACAUUUCGCCUUGGUAACUCCAUUCUUUGCUUGCUCACGAAAAUGUUCCAGGUCAUUUUUAUCACUUUAGACACCAAAGUAAGAAGAUUCGAAAGGUUAAUGUCUUUUUAUUGAGAUUAAAGCGAUAAGAGGACGAAAAAGGCAGCAAAACUCUCUUGAGAAAUAUGCUACUUUCUAAUUGUUGUGCGUGGCAUUUAAAGUCAUUAAUUUUUAUGAGUAUCCCCCGACAAUUAAUGGAAUUAAAGAACAUUCUCUCACUGUGUCGUUUUUACGAGAAAAGGAAAUUAGGUUUUCAUCCGUCCCAAGUGUAACUAAAUGGCCUUGCCACACUACACUCGUGGAUCGAAGAGGUUUUAAAGAAAAAAAUUCUCAUUGCCACUCCUUGAAAGAAUACCUUUGGAAACGCCUGGUUGAGCCCGUAUGCAAAUAAUACCUCGAAAUACCGACUAGAAGAAUCGAACAAAGCACACCUUUGUUAGCAUGUUGUGUUGUUAAGGUUGUUGAUUCUUCACAACUCUCUCCGUUAAUUACUCCGGCCGGGAAAAAUACCAUCUUUUGAAAAAGCAUUAUCCCACCCAAAAAGGCAGAAUGCAUAUCGAUAUUUGAACACCUAUCAGGGUGUUGCUUUGCCCAAAAGAAGAAGUACAGACGAUCAAAGUUCACUUUAACAGAAAAUAGCUUUAUCAUUAAUAAAUUAAAACCUAUGUUAAAGCAAAUAAGCCAGUUGAGUUUCGAAUCCGUUAAACCUCAUACUUGUCUCAAAGCCUGAAGGGUAUAAACAAAAGAAAAGUGGCAUUUAGACUCAUGAAAAAUAAUUGAUAUGUUUUUGUUUUAAAACCCUAGCACUCAGGCGAGCCUUGGUUAACCAAUUAUGAAUUUGAAAAUUAGAAACUAGGCAAUUGAAGGAAAGUCACAACUGAGGAAUAUUACAUGAGCCCAACCCAUACUUUCGCGUGCGAUGUUUUUACUUUGGUUACAAAGAAUAACAUUAUAACGCUGACCCUUCAAUAAUCAUGAUUCUAUUGGUGAACUAAAUUGCCAAAUAGUCGACACCCAUUAAGAAAAUACUGUAGUAACAAAGGGCUAAGAAUGAAAAGCGCCUUGUGUACGAAUUAAAACUUGACUCCCACGAUUUGAUCUCCACCGUAUUUUGCCUCAUAAAAGGUACGCAUGCGAAUGAGGCAUUAAAUAAGGUUCCCGGCAGGAUUUUGUAAACCAAUACGAACUUCUCCGUGUCAUUUUUAUAAUUCGCAUUAUUGGAUAUUUUAAUAAAAGUUAUUAUCUUAAACUUGUUAUAACUUUUUCAACUAACAUAAAAUAUGCCGUCUAAAAACUGACUUUUCCUCUGUUAUAGUUUGGCGAGACUUUGUGUCGCUACUUGUUUAUAAAUACUCGCCCAUUCUUCAGUGAAUCGGCUCAUGAAAUUUGUUGACUAUUUUCAGGAUUUUCAAAAGCACCAUAUUUCCCGCCGGUCCUAGCUUUUCUUAGUUCAAUAGCAGUAGAGAAUUGCUUCGUUGAUUGUUUUGUUUUGGUUCUUUUUUUCCAACUGGAGGAGUGAAUGAUGGAGUAUUUGUACAGGGCUUCUAACAUUUGAAUCUGUGGAUGAAAUCCCGCGGGGUGACCAUUCAAAUGAAACUGAGCAACUGGGCAGUACGUUCACGUGGUAAUAUUUGUCUUUUACGAAAUGAAAUUUACAGUUUUUACUGCAGUUUCACUUGGCCAAUGCUUUUGGUGAUUAAAAGAGUCAAAACGGUUCGAAAAAAAAGCAGGAACACUAGCCAGUUUAAAACUAUUUAAAUAAACUCUAGGGAAAAGACUUAAACAUGCUUUUUCAUUUUUCAGUGGAAGUAACGCCUUGUCGCUUACGAAAUUCUAGCUGUGAAGAGUGUCUUGAGGAUGGUUUAUGCUAUUGGUGCCCUUCAACCAAAGUCUGCCACUUUUACAAAGAAGCUCACCUUAACCCUAAUGAUUGCCCCAACGGUACAUGGUAUCAUGAAGACUGCGGUGUUGGGAAUAGUCUGUUCUGGGUUCUCUUUCCCAUACUGGCCAUUAUUCUGAUACCGGUAAUUAUUUACCUGAUAAUAUGGUUGAUAUGUUGCUGUAUGCGAGCUGCCGGGUAUGAACCCCUGGAACCCGCUGGUUCCGAGCCUGCAAAGAAGCAUCCGAAGAGUAUCAGAUUAAAACCCAGUACACCCUCAAAUAAGACCGAUCAACUCAGAAAAAAGUACGAUCUCGACAAUCCGUAA